CAUUAGCCUCGGCCAACCUAACGCCGUACCGAUGAUUUGGACUACAACUCCCGUCAGCACCAACAAGCACUGUGGCGCUGGCUAGAGCUGAUGGGAAUUGUAGUCCAAAAAAACCCCGCGUACCAAGGCGAACGAAGGCCGCGUUAACAUUUUGUCCCGCGGUAUAGAAUAAUUACUGUUAAAGGGGAGAGGAGAAGAGUGGGGUUGUUGAUCUCAAGUAAUUCCCUUCCACCCCCUCCUCCUUUCCAGUUGUUGGUACAGUCCUCGUGCGGGCUAAAGGAGAGCUGGACAGCUCCUUUUUGUUGAGGGGGAAGAAGAAGGGGGGUAAUGGAGCCGCGGCUUCCUCUCAGGAGAAACGGGUCUCACAGGUUCUGCGGAACUGGCUGACUUCGGCGGGAAGCCAGGUGUAGGCUAUGCGGCUGCCUCAUGGAGGGCGGCGAGGUCGCUGUGAAGAGGCCACGGGAGCGACGACAAAAAAGGCAACGGCCAGGAGCCGCUUCGGCUGGCAGAAGGAGCAGCCGCGCCCAGACUUGCUCCGGAUCGCCGCCGGAUCGCAAGAAGCUGAGCUCCGGGGAAGUGGAGGAAGAACCGGAGCCUGAGUACGUUGACAGUGAAGAGGAAAUGUUUGGGGACUAUGACAGCUUUUCUGGCAACAACUCUUUGUUAGCUGAAGUACAUAAUAUAGAGCAAAGAUACAUGCAGUCUACUGAUGGUGUCCUGGAUAUUAAAAACUUAGAUUGCAAUACUGCUGUGGAGCCUGUAUGUGGAGGUGUUGAGCUACAAAAUGCCAAGAAUAUGGCUCAGAUACUUUCAGUUGCAAAAACUACUACUGACUCCAGAAACAGAAGAGAGUAUGAUUUUUUGAGAACUAUGAAAGAGCAGCAGGAUAGCAGUGAUGAUAGUAUAGAAAACCUGCCAUCAUCACAACUUUUAUUUCUUAAAAAAUCAGAAGAAUGCUUAGCUCAUCCUCACAAAGCAGUAAAUGUAAAAGAAAGAUCAUUUCACUUGAAUGACAGUCUUGAGAAGAUCUUAGAUAUACCUUAUUGCCAUGAUACAGAAAAUGAUAAAAAAGAUUAUGAACCGCCUACAAGUUCUUUGUCUAAACCAAAUAGGAGAAGUCUCAAAGAUCAUCUCAAAAGCUCAAUGACUGGGAAUGCCAGAGCUCCAACUUCCCUGGUGUUUAAAAAUAAACAACUCAAAGAAGCUGUUCUAUCUGAAGAGAUUGGUGUUGCUGAGAAAACUAGCUCUGCUUCCUUUGUUGAUAUUGGUCCUUUUUAUGGCUUGCCCACCAAAGUCAAGGAGCUGCUAAUACAGUUCAGAGGAAUUGAAAAGCUUUAUGAUUGGCAGCACACUUGUUUAACAUUAGAAUCAUUGCAACAGAGAAAGAAUUUAAUAUACUCUUUGCCAACCAGUGGUGGAAAAACGCUUGUAGCUGAAAUUUUAAUUCUUCGAGAAUUACUCUGCAAACAAAUGGAUGUUUUAAUGAUCUUGCCUUAUGUGGCUAUAGUCCAGGAGAAGGUUGGUGGUUUGUCAGGUUUUGGAAUGGAACUAGGUUUUCUGGUUGAAGAAUAUGCUGGAAGUAAAGGAAGGAUUCCUCCAGUCAAAAGAAGAUUAAAGAAAUCCCUGUACAUUGCUACUAUUGAGAGAGGGCACAGCCUGGUGAAUUCCUUUAUUGAAACAGGACGAAUCAGUGACCUGGGCCUUGUUGUAGUUGAUGAGUUGCACAUGCUUGGAGAAGGAAGUCGUGGGGCUAUUCUAGAAAUGACUCUCGCAAAGAUUCUCUAUACAAGCAAAACCACUCAGAUUAUUGGAAUGAGUGCAACUUUAAACAAUGUUGGAGACCUGCAGCAGUUCCUGAAAGCAGAGUACUACACCAGUAAUUUCAGACCAGUGGAACUGAAAGAAUAUGUUAAAAUACGAGACAGCAUCUGUGAAGUUGAUAGCAAAGCUGAAAAUGGAUUUACAUUUUCACGUCUCCUUGAUUUCAAGUAUUCUGCUGGUCUGCAGAAGACAGACCCUGACCAUCUUAUUGCAUUGGUCACAGAAGUUAUUCCGAAGUACUCCUGCCUUGUCUUCUGUCCCACUAAAAAGAACUGUGAAAAUGUAGCAGAAAUGAUAUGCAAGCACUUGAACAGAGACUGUAAAAAGCUCAAGGAGAAAGAAAAACAUGAUGUUAUUGCAGUUUUGGCAAACAUCUGUAAUGGAAGACUUUGUCCAGUAUUGAAGCGAACUAUUCCCUAUGGAAUUGCGUAUCACCAUAGUGGCCUUACCAGUGAUGAAAGAAAAUGGAUAGAAGAAGCUUACUCUUCGGGCAUCCUCUGUCUCCUUACCUGCACAUCUACCCUUGCUGCUGGAGUUAACUUGCCAGCCAGAAGGGUUAUUUUAAGAGCUCCAUAUGUUGCAACAGAAUUCAUGAAGAAAAACCAGUAUAAGCAGAUGAUUGGCAGAGCUGGUCGUGCUGGUAUUGACAAAGCCGGUGAAAGCAUUCUUAUCAUGCAAGAGAAAGACAAGGAUCUAGUCAAAAACUUGGUAUACAGUCCUCCAGAAAGCUGUUACAGCAAUCUCCUGUUGGAGUUCAACAAGGGUAUCCGGAGCUUACUCUUAUCAUUGAUUGGAUUAAAGAUAGCAACCAAUCCUGAAGAGGUUUACCAGUUCAUGCGUAUAACCUUGCUUAGUGUCCAACCACAGCUUCUGCCUAAAGAAAAGAGCCUGUGGGAUGUAACUUUGGAAGUGCUGCAGUGGUUGAAAGAAAAUGGACUCCUAAAAGAGAGAACAAGCGCUGAUGGUGGACAGAAUCUAGAGAUCACUCGGUUGGGUCAAGCCACAUACAAAGGUUCUGUUGAUUUGGCAUAUUGUGACAUGCUCUAUGCAGACUUGAAGAAAGGGCUUGAGGGGCUAAUCCUUGAAAGCUACCUUCACUUACUCUACCUGACAACACCAUAUGAUAUGAUUCCGCAGUGUAGCCCAAAUUGGAUGAUCUAUUUUAAACAGUACAGUCAGCUGAGUCCAGUAGAACAGCAAGUAGCUCUCAUUGUUGGAGUGCCAGAGAGCUUUAUUACCAAAAAGGCUUCUGGACAAGCUGUCAAAAAGGAUGUAGACAUUGGCAUUGCCAGUAGACUGUACUUGUCACUGGCUCUUCAUGCUUUGUUAAAAGAGAACAGCAUAUGGGAUGUGGCAGAAAAAUUUAACAUAUCACGGGGAUCCAUUCAAACCCUCCUUAAUUCAGCUGCUUCAUUCUCCUCCUCAGUUCUGCAUUUCUGUGAGGAGCUGAAUGAAUUUUGGGUUUAUAAAGCUCUCUUGACAGAACUUACCAAAAGACUGACCUAUUGUGUUAAGGCAGAGCUUAUCCCUCUUAUGGAGGUAGCAGGAGUUCUAGAGGCUCGAGCAAAACAACUCUACAACUCGGGAUAUAAAACCUUAGCACACUUGGCUAAUGCAAAUCCAGAAGUGCUGGUAAAGACUAUUGAGCAUUUGUCCAGAAGUCACGCCAGACAAAUAGUUUCAUCUGCAAAGAUGCUCCUGACUGAAAAAGCUGAGGCUUUACAAGAAGAAGUGGAAGAGUUACUGAGAAUACCUACGGACAUUACUUGAGGCUUCAUAAUUACUUUUGCAUAUAAUCAAGAAUCAAAAGAUUGUUUUCUACUCUAAUUGUUUGUUGUUUUGAGUCUUGUGUACAUGUACCUUGUUUCAAUCAUAAUAAGAACUCCAAGAAAUUUCUCUCUACUUCCUGUUCUGUGCAUCAUGAAAUUGAGGCUUUUUGGCAAAGCUGAAAUUGAGAUGUUUUACCUUUCAAACACUCUAUAUUUAUCAUCAGUGGCAUCGUUAUGCAUUGUUGUUAUGCAUAACAGCUUAUCACAUUAUAAAAUGUUGUUUUUCAUUGUUAAAAACAUUCUUAUUUAAUUUGUGUAAACGUGCCUCUAAUAAGACCUUGUUGGGAAAUGGGGGGGUGGAAUUUAGGGGGGAUGCAGAGCAAAAAUCAAUUUCUUGGACUAUUCUGAAUAUAACAUACGAAACGUUUUGUAGACAUAAUUGACAUGGCUGCUCACCUGCACUGGGGAAUCUAUCAAAUAAACAUGCCUUUUUAAUAGCUGUCAAUGGCUGGGUUACGAACCUCCUUAAGAAAGAUAAUUUUUGGACUUCUCUAAUAAAAGUUACACUAACAAAAAUUGUACUCACUGUUACUAUUAAAUAAAAACGUAAAGUGUGUAUAUGUAUAUAAUAUAUGUAUGUGUAUAUAUAUGUAUAUAAUAUAUGUAUGUGUAUAUAUAUGUAUAUAUAUAUAAACUAUUUUUAAUAUUAUUAUACUAUAUUUUAUAUUGGUUUACAGUCCUGUACACAUAGUGAGAUUUCUUUUGAGUAAACAUGAAUAGAGGGGGCCACUUCUCUCUGUCCCAUGGUCUGUUUCUCUGUGUCUCACCAUAGCAGAUUGAGCAAGAGCUACAAUAGACAUCAAAAAAACUCACAGCGUGGUCUAUGCACUCUACUCCUUUUAAUGUAUACGUGUCUGUAGCGUAGUAGGAAAUGGAACUCUGCUGCAUAUACGACUGCCUUUCCACUGCUGCUGUGACUUGUUGGGGAACAAAUACUGACGUUUUUAAUGUUUUGAUGGAAUUGUUUUGUUGAGUAUUUUAAUUGUGUAUUGGCUUUAUAAUUCAUUUUAUGCUUCUAGAGCGCUUAGAAGGCAUGAUUGUAUGUAAGCAGUAUAUAAAUCAAUAAAUAACAACAAACCCUCACUAUCCACCUCUUGCAACCAGUUCCAUGAUGCAGACUGCUUUGGUCUCAGGGACUAGAGAGAAGGAAGGGUGGGCAGGAAAGCAAGCUGUGGCUUCGAGUGUUCCAUCCUCCCUUAGAAUGCAGGGAGGUACUGUUCCACCAGGUUCCUCUGGUGGUACUGUUGCUGAGUCCCUGAGGGAACUAGCUGGGGUGGGAUGUUUCCAACAGGAGGAGGAGGAGGCAGCAACAGUCGAGUAGCUGCGGCAUAUACUAACAUUCCAGUCACUGCUGCAAUCCCAUGUGCAUGUGAACCUCUUUUUUUUAAAGUAUGUUUGUCACAGCCCUACAAUUAGAUGUCUUGAGUUUGAAAUUUAUGAGCCGUAUCUAGGGAAGUAGGGAUUCUUUGUUGUUUUCUUGCCUGUUCUCUUGUCUUCAUUUCCUUUGCUACAAAGGAGUGAUAUAUAUAAUAUAUUUUAUAUAUAUAUAUAACUGGACCGAAGAAAAGCCUGCUGUACCAGGCCAAUGGUCCAUCUAGUCCAGCCUCAUGUUCUCACGGGGGCCAGCCAGAUACUUACAGGAAGCCUACAAGCAGGACUCCAGCGCAACAGCAGUCUUCCUUCCUGCAGUUUCCAGCAACUGAUAUUCAUAGGUACACUGCCUCCGACAGUGGAGGGAGAACACAACCAUUAGGAUUAGGACAACUGAUAGACAAAUUCAUACAGCGUAAAGCUAAUUCUUUUAAAGCCAUCCAAGUUUGUGGCCAUCAGUGCUUUUUGUGGGACCAAAUUCCAUAGUUUAACUACACUUUGUGAAGUUUUAUCAACUCCACUGGGUGUCCCCAAGUUCUAGUGUUAUAAGAGAGGGUCUUGUAGUAGGGAUGAGGCGUGAGCUUUGAUUAUUAUUUGCAUCAUUGUGCAAAUUUACACAAGAUAAGUUUCACAUGACUACUGUUUUGAUACUUUUGAAACUCACAACUACAAAAGGAUCUUGCUGUCUCAAGUAUAACUUGGUAUUAUGCAGUCAAAUUGUUUUCUCUUUAUGACUGAUACAAACGAGACAAGGCUGUCUGAGCACAAGGAGAAUGCUAGGCAUGAGGUUAUUUGACUUUUUGGGUCCAACACUGGGCAGUAGAAUAACAUUUUAAGAGUCUGCUGUGAGUUAUAAUAUCUUUAACCAUCUGGUAUAAAUGUAAUUCUUUAGCACACCCCCGUCCCCCCUCAUGUCGAUAUUUUACACUAAACAAAAAGGCAGAUUGAGGAAUUUAGGGGAUUUCUUUUCUCUGCACACACAAAAGAUCGCUUCAGUCCACGAUUUGAUGGUUGAUAUGUAAUUUUCUAUGAGGAUUUAGUAACCAAGAUGGACAGUUUUAGACCAUCUUUCAGGCUACAAUCCUUUACUUUGGAGUAAGUUAAUUUAAUUCAGUGUGACUUUAAUAAACAUGUAGAGGACUGCAUUGCCUAUAUCUUCAGAUAAGACAACACGUUUGUUAAAUACAUCUUUUUGUAAAGUUGAAUUUUAAAACAAAAUUACCCCCCUUUUUCCUUUAAUCAUAGAAAGUGUUGUAAUAGAGAUUUAAGUCAUCAUAUACAAAAUAAAGAA